AUGAUGCAUGAUGCACGAGCAACUCGAGCUCAGCUCACGUAUGAAUCUCCAAGGCGGUUCGAAGGGCAUAGCGAUGUCAUUUGCCGCCCUGGACCCUUGUUGACGGCGGCCACCGCACGCUCGUCAAGCACAGCCGAUGCUUUGCUCUGUGAUCUGCCGGGCACCAAGAAAUUCAGCGAGCUCGAGCGCGACACCGGAUCCCCUGAAAGUGGAACAACAGUAGCACCAAAACAUGACAGCAGAUCAACGAGCCGUGUGGAAAGAGGGUUUGGGCUGAGGGUUGAUCGCAGGCCGCGACGAACUAGCGCCGUUUGCUGUGGAAUGAGCGUGUCUGCCGCGAUGGCGAGUCUAACACCUCAUCGAAAAAUCAUAGACUACCGUGACACCUUGUCUAGAGUACACAGUACACUUUCUGUCACUUCGUUGAUCAAUGGACGAGACGAACGCUCCCAUUUCGGGUUGUGA